AUGCUGCUAUUUGCACACUUCCUUUGUGUCUCGGAGCUUCUUUCCAACCGUUCAUGGGAGCUGACAUUGUUUUCAGUGACCGCGCAGUCACCACCCUCCGACAACGACGGCGGCGAACGCCCCAUGCGCCAGCAGCUCAAGAAUACCAACAUCGACUCUGUCAAUAGCUCCGCCCAAAUCAGUCGAAAGCGCUCACUCGAAGACGCCGAUGCGGCCGCCGACGAACAUCCCACGAAGCGAUCGCGAGAGGGAACCCCGGAACCCACCUCUCAGACUGCUCCCGCCAGCGAGGAACCUGUUGCUUCCACCACCCAAGAAACCGAAAAUGGCCCUACUGUGAGUGAAUCUGAGCUUGCCGAUUAUGAAUCCGAUCCACCUGAAACCCCACUGGAAUCCGACACCCAACCUCACAUGCAAAGCCCCUCUGGAACAAGCAACCGGAACGCCGAUGGAAAAUGGUCUUGUGCGCCGAUCUCCACGAAUGUCUCUCUCCCUUUGGAGGUUGCAAUCACAAUUACCUGUGCCGGGGUGCAGACCACCCGGCACUUGUCAAUUCCACUAGAAGUCAAGAUCGAUCUUCCCUCGGUUGAAACAGUGCGUGCUGCUUCCUCUGUGUCUGGAGAAGCCAAGAGCCACAUUUCUAUUCCCUCGGGCUCGUCCUCUGCCUCUGUUCCAUCCGAAAAAGGAUAUUCCCAAUAUUUCCAACGCGAUCCUGACAACGCUCGCGAGCCUGAUGUUCCUCGUGCUUCUUCCUACCCACACGUUCCUCCCUACCCCCAGGUUUCUCCCUACCCUCGUGCCUCUUCCUACCCUCAAGUUUCUGCCUACCCUCAAAAUUCUGCCCACCCUCAGGCUUCUCUAUACCGUCGUGCUCCCCAAUACCCCAGUCCUGCAAAUUACAAGACCGUUCCCGCAUAUUCCAGCGCUGCGAGUUACAGGCACGAUUCUGACAACAAGACCCAACAGAAGCCCCCCAUUUCGGACGACAAAACCCAGGAUAAGGCUUUGAACACCUCGAAGAAAGAGCCGAGCACGGAUCAGGCUUUCACCGCGAGUGCCUUCGGAAAAGCUUCUGCUGGCUCACCAUUUGCUUUGAAUAACGCAAACUCGGCCGCUUCGCCUUUCGCAACAAGCAAGUUAAACUCCACCGCUUCACCUUUCGCAAGCUCCGCUUUCAAUGCCACCUCUGCCACCUCGCCUUUCGCCCUCGGCGGUGCUUCGACUUCCGGGUUUGGGUCUCUUGGAUCUGGUACGUCUUCAUUUGGCAGCGCAUUCGCCGCCAAGACUGGCAAAGUCACGAGUUUCGCAUCUCCCGAUGCCCCUGCUACCUUCGGUGAUUCCAAAUCCAAGAGCAAGGUACUUGGUGCCACCAAAUCCGACAAUGAAGAAAGUGACAACGAAUCAGAAGCUGAGCCCAACGACACCUUUGUGGCUGAGAAGACAGAUGAGCGUUUCCACGAAAAAACUGGUAUGGACCCCCGGAUCUCCCCUCCCUCCGUCCCUGAUUUGACGAGUCGCUCACCUGAACCCCCAGUGGAAACCGGCGAGGAAAACGAGACCAACAAGUUCUCCGCCAAGGGUAAACUUUACUACUUUGACGACAAAAAGUGGAAGGAGCGUGGCUCUGGUACCUUCAAGGUCAACACAAAGACAGAUUCGGAUGGAAAUAUUUCCGGCCGCAUGAUCAUGCGCGCGGACGGUGCCCUACGUGUCAUGUUGAACACUGCCAUCUUCAAGGACAUGCACCAUGGAGACACGCUCGGUAAAAGACCAACCACGAAGGACAUCCACUUGGCCAGCAACGAAGAGGGCAAGAUCGGACAUCUGCUUCUCCGUCUCGGCAAUGAAGAUCAAGCCGCUGGGCUAUACGAUGUUCUUGAGGAUAUUCUAAAGGAUUUGAAGAAGUAA